AGUCCUGCUUCCAGGGAUGUGGUCACUCACCGAUGUGCACCAAAUAUUUAACAAAUUUUAUAUCCUUCCAGAGUGUUCCAUAUUUAUUUGAAAGAUGAACCAGGGGAGCGAUACUUGGUAAAUCGAAAGCAAAGUAACUAUUUCGAUUGGUACAUUUUUAUAAAAUUCAAAAAAUUUCGGAGAAAACUUAAGAUUUCUUGACGAUGGAGGAGCUGUCGGACGUUGAAAAGUCACUCUACCUCGCCAUGAACGAGUUGAAUGUCCAGAAACUGGAGGAUUUCAAACACAGCUUCGAUCAACUGCACAAAAAUGAACGUGGAGUGGUAACUGUGAAGGAGCUGGGCUCCAUGAUACGCUCCAUGGGCGUGGAGCCAACUGACGCAGAGGUGGAAGACAUAUUCAAGGCCUCCGACGUGGAUGGCAAUGGCGAGAUCGACUUCAAGGAGUUCUGCUACGUAAUGGCGCUUUAUGAACACGAAGAGAAGGACGACAAUCUUCAGAUAUUCAAAAUGUUCGACAAAGACGGCGACGGGUACAUAACUGAAGAGGAUCUUCUUAAGCUGUUGGAGCACACGGACUUGUCCAACAAUAUACUGGCCGUGAGGAAGCUAUUGGACAGUGAGAAAGAUGGUCGGAUAAGUUGUGAACAAUUCAUGUCCCUGAUGAGUGAGUCCUCCCAGUAUCCUCAACUAAACGAUAUUGCCUGAAUAUGUUAAAGCCGUUGAUUCCCAUAAGUUCAAUCCUUUCCUAUUUACUCAUUCAUUUUAUUCAUUCAUUUUAAAAUCAAUAAAAUUCCAUGUUCUCCAAAAACCAAAA